UUCAUCUCUUAAACUUUGCAUAAGAUCUUAAACUGCUAGAACGGUUAUAUGAAAUAUUUAGGAUACAAGUAAACUUCUAAAUUUGUCUGACUUAGCUGAACAGCCAAAGCAAAAAGGAAUAACCAAGCUUUAGUAAAGAGAUAUGACAUCCCUCUUGAACAUAUUCUUUCAAUUAUAAACAAGACCUCUCAAUGACAUAUAGAUAAGACCCCCAGAAAAAUGAUAUGCUAGUGCUAUGGGGAUCAAGACUGACAAUGUGGGAAGACCUCAGGAGAAUAAAACAAUUAUUCACUCUAAAAGUGCCAAAAUUUACGAUUUGCGUACUUUUUGAACUUAACAACAAAUCUUUUUGAAACUCAUUCUUGUACUAAGAGAGGUUUCAUUUUCUUCACAAAAAUAUUCAAUUUUAGGAAGUGACCUUCACACUUAGCAAGAGUCAUAUAUUUAUUAUAAAGCCAUAUGAAGAGAGAAGUACGUAUAAAUACUGUGACUGCAUCAGCAUACAUAAACUCAAGGUUGUGAUGCAGAUCUAUUGCUGGAAAUCACGACUGCUUUCAAAUGAAUAUUUUAUGCAGAUUAUUAAUUCUGAUAUAUCAACCUAGUAAUUUCCCAGAAAGUCAUCCUUCAGCCUAGUCCUUAUUGCUAGGCCAGGAUGAUGACUUGUGAAUUCGAGUUUAUGAAUUUCUGGCUUGUG